CGUCGCCCGCCUCCGACCCGCGACGCCGCCGCCGCCGGUGAGACUGCCCCGCCCCCCUGGCCCCGCCGCCUCACGCUAACCUCCCCCCAGGUGGCUCACACGAGACCGUAGCAAGUUGCUCCCCCGGACUCCCGGUAGCCGACCUGCAGAAGGGGCCGGGCAGGGACCUAGGGUAGUCGUAGUCGCGCCUCCACAUCCUCCCCCUCCGCCUCCCUGCGACCCCGGGGCCCGCCGAACACGCCUCUGUCCGGUCCAAGGUCGCCGCCGCUCGCCGCCCCCGCGCCGCAUCAUGUUGGGGCGAGGGGAUAAUGUACGUGAUUUUCCCCGCUGAAGAGGUGGUGGAGCUCAGCCUAGGCCUGGUGCCCGUGGACGACCCGGGGCUGCUGGGCGGCGCAGGAAGCAGGCAGCAGCCCAAGCCGAGCGACCCUCGGCCGCAGUCGGGCAAGGAGCGCGCCCGCGGCAGCACCGCGAGGAAACCCGCCAAGCGCGGCCAGCAGGCGCAGGCGCAGGCGCGCGAGGUGAAGAUGGCGACCGGCGGCGAGGCGACGCUGCGGGAGAUCACCCACCCGGCGCUCAACGAGGCGCUCAAGGCCCACAACUCCGUCACCUUCAAGCUCGUCCGGACCGUGUCGGACUUCACGCAGCAGCUGGCGCAGAUGCACGAGCAGCACGCGGAGGAGAUGCAGAUGCUGGUGUCCAGCUUCCGCAAGAGGAACGCCGAGCUGCGCAAGGAGAGGCCGGCGUGCCCCAGCUCGCUGUUCCACACGUGGGAGACCCUGCUGCAGGAGGUGGAGAUCGACUCGCAGGCGCACAGCGACAUCGCGUCCAUCCUGGGGCGCCAGGUGGCGCGCCCGCUGCUCGAGCGAUCCUUCCACCGCAAGAUACAGUCGCGCAAGGUGUUCACGCACCGCGAGAGCUACGAGACCAUCCUCGUCAAGACAGAGGACAAGCUGGCCAAGUGCCGGCAGGACUACAAGGGCGCCUACCUGGCCUACGUGGCGUCCCCCAGCACGGCGUCGCUGGCCGGCUACUUCGACGCCCACAACGCCUACGUGCAGCAGCUUCACGCGACCAACGGCAUGCUGGAGCAGUACCACGGCGAGGCGCUGCCCCAGCUGCUGCAGGAGCUGGAGGACGUGUACGCCGACCUGUGCGCCAUGCUGUCCGAGUCCGUGCUGCAGGGGGCGGAGGUGGUGGCCACCAGGGCGAGCGAGCAGUGCCGGCGCUACGAGGCGCUGUCGGCCCAGUGCAGGGCCGUCAUGGCGCCCGGGGACCUGGCGCACUUCGUCCGCUCGCUGGUGCCGCCGCACCACCACCCGCACCACCCCUCCCUGCGCCACAGCUUCCUGCCGCCGCAGCCGCCGCCGCCGCCCGACGCGCCCGACGGCGGCGCCGAGGCGCCCGUCAACGAGGCGAGCCUGCCGCCGGCGCUGAAGAACGAGCUGGUGGUGGAUCGCCUGGCCAACACCCAGCCCCGUCCCCGGCUGGAGGCGCUGCGACAGGAGGCGGCGGAGCUGGAGACGCAGAUACGGCAGCUGCAGGACUCCCUCGACACGCUGCUCAGGAUACAGCAGAGGAGCCUGGAAUCCAGCCUGUUCAACAAGGUGAACGAGCUGCAGGAGGACAUCAGCAUGAAGAGGUUCGACCUGCGCGUGGCGCAGAUUCACCUGGGGGCCGUCAAGGCGCAGAAGGAGCUGUUCGCGUCGAAGGUGGAGGGCGCGUCGGACUCGGGUCGCGAGCGCAAGAUGUCCUCCUCGUCCACGGGCAGCAUGAAGAACAAGUGGCUGAAGGCCUUCAAGAGCCUCAAGACGUCCUCUCCCGCCAACGGGGCGCCCAAGGAGGCCGACAACCCGGCCAACAGAAAGAACCAAAUGUACCACGCCGUAUCGACCAUCAUGAGCAUGAGGCGGAACGGCAAGGACGGCGCGGGCCUGCAGGCGGCCGCCACGGACGCCAACGGCCACGCCUUCCAAGAGUACACGUACAAGAAGAUCACGCCGUGUGACGUUUGCUCGCAAGUGCUUAGGGGGCACACGCGGCAGGGCGUGAAGUGCCGGGUGUGCAAGAUGAACGCGCACGUCGACUGCCAGGCCAAGGUGGGGCGCUGUCAGCCCAAGUCCCGCCUGCUGCGGCGACAGAAGUCCACCUCGGAGCUGGAGACGCGCGUCGUCGAGACCCAGCCGGAGGAGGAGAAGUCCCCCGAGGUGGACCUCAUAUACCAGGUGCUGAAGCAGGCGGGCGAGAUCAGCGGGCGGCGGCCGCACGAAGCCGUCGCCAGGCCGCGCCCCGCGCCCGACGCGCCCAACGGCGGCGGAGGGGGGAGCGGGGGGAGCUCCGGGGCCUCCAGCGUGGGCUCGCUGCACCGGCGCGGCGCCGCGCAGGCGCAGCUGCGUGGGGCGUCUGGCUCGCUCGGCGUGGCCCCCGCCCCGCAUGCCUCCACCUCAGCCCCGCACAGCCCGCGCCGCCAGAAGCUCAACCUGCGCAUGAAAAGCUUGUCCCUAGAUUCCCCCGAGUCGACGGAGCACGCCCAGCGACGCAGACACGCCGCCGCAGACGCCCAGGGCAGCCACUCCUCCUCGCGCAUCCAGUCGCCCUCCAGCCCCGUCCACAACCGACGCCUGCUGUCGGCGCGCAACGUGCGCAUGAGCUCGGUGGAGCUGCCUGACGACAACGACAAGUCCCUCUCCUCGGCCAGCACGUCGCCCUGUCCGUCCCCGAAACCCUACCGUCUUUUACCGACCAACCUUUAUGUCGUGCUGUACAACUUUAAGUCCAGACAACCAGAUGAAUUAGAUUUAAAGGCCGGCUACAAGGUGACGGUGAUCGACACCACGGACCCCGACUGGUGGAAGGGCAAGUGCCUGGGACGCGUCGGCUUCUUCCCCUCCAAGUACGUGACGAAGCUGCAGCCCGGGGAGCGGGCGCUGCAGGUCACACACAACCUGCAGGUGUCGGACGGAGACAACGGGCUCAUGCUGCUCCGCGACCAGAUUGUGAUCCAAGUGGGAGAAGAGCUGGACGGCAUGGUGAUGAUACGCAGCGGGGACAACCGCCAGGGGGUGUGUCCGCUCAAGUUCCUCCAGGAGGUGUGACACACCGCAGUCGCCCUGUGCCGCCCCCCGGACGGCGUGAGCAGCCCUCCCGUCCCGGCGGGGGCCGUGCCGAGCCGGAGCGACAUCGAGAAGCCGCGGCCCGCGGGCGACGUCAACGCCAACAUCCUGUCGCCCGACCACCCGGGCAAGUGCGGCUCCAAGACGCUGUUCGCGGUCACCAGCUCCUUCCGGAGCCGGCUGGAGGAGGCGCGGGCGCGGGCGCUCUUCGUCUCGUCGGCCGCACGGCCGUUGGGCCUCGGCGCCUGCCUCCUCCCGCCGAAGAACGUCAACAGCAACGGCCGCGCGUGCCUGGCGCUGGGCUCCCAGGCCCGCCCCCUGGCCGUGCCGGCGACCGACCGCGACAGAGACCCCCUCGGGCAUUUCUACCACCUCCCCUCGCUCGCUCCGUCCCCCAAGAACAACAACGCGAGGAGCUGCAAGUAUCUGGAGCGGCCCGUCGACAACGCGAACAGCAUCAACAACAACAACAACAACCCCGCGCCGUAUUCCGAGACUCGCGACGCGGCUGACGAGAACGGCAACCGGCAGGUGAGCGACAACCGCGAGGAUCUCGUGCUCAUGCAGGACGACUCUCGCCGGCCCGUGUACGUCCUGGCGACAGCCGAUUUGCCCUACGGCCUGAAGGUGCCCUUGAAGUGCGGCAUCCAGUGAGUCCGGAAACAAUCUUCAGCGAAAAGAUUUUUCGCCCCUGUGCACGGAAUCAUCGAAACAAAAGUUCUGCGUGCCUUCGCAAAGCCCUUCGUGACAUUCGGCACGCCGCACAGGCAACUAGGGAGUCGACGAGCUCACAGCUCGCCUGCUCCGUACCGUAGCUCUGUGUCUGUCCGCAAGUGUUGUUGAUGUUUCAUUGUGUCUGAAUGUCGUCAAGAGAUGCACGCCACUAGGCGCUCUGUAUCGGUAACGUAAACUGUCUCACCAUGUAAUUUAUCUGUCAUGCACGAGGCGCAUCGCAGAUGUAAGAUUCGUCACUACACCGUAAAGCUGCCCUUGUCUUCUCUGAACACGUCCUGAAAACAUUUUUUGCACCAAUACCUCACAAGUCUGUACCAAAGCGGGUAGGAUGUAGGAAUGUUAGCGGAAUGUGAAGUGUCGCUGUACCCAAGUGUGUGAUGUAUGUGGGAAUGUUAGGAACAUUACCUUUUCGCAACAGAUCCUGUAGCAACUUUUACAUGAACAAAGGUAUUGAAUUUGCUCAUAUAUAUAUAUUUUUUUUUUCAGAUCAAUUAAUAUAACACCAGUUUCACACAAAUGUAAACUGACCCAGCAGCGUAUUAAUUACCAAAUCAUGUAUAGUUUAUAUCUUCACACUCUGUUCAUAACACAAUGAAUAAGGCAAGCGUGUUCACACAGCGUAAUGUGGAUGCGAUAGUGUGAGUGAAGAGUACGGCUCCUGCAUGCUACAGUUACACAACAAUUCUGCAUGUUUUUAAAGUUACAGUUCUACUUCAAUCAUUGUGUAUGGAUAUUUUGUACUUGGAUAUAUGUUGCAUACCUUAUACAGUAUUGCAAAUCUGAAUACAUAUAUUUUACGUACACCUUCUAUACACUUAGCCGAAAAAAAUUCUUUUAGUAAGUCUGUCGCUUAUUGGAGUUAAAGAACCAACAUACGGAGAAAUUAAAGUAGGAAAAUGGAAAUGCAAGCAGAUAUACACUAUCUAAAAUAUAUUGCAAUUUAAAUUACUGUGUCUUGUGAAGAUAAAAAACUGUUGUUUUAAGUUGGAUGACAUGUAUAAAAUUGUGCGAUCAAGAGCUGUGAUAAUUACCUUCCAAAAUGUUUUGUGCUGAUAACUGAUGAUUUCUUUAUUCUGUUUCUAGGGUUUGAAAAUGUUCAAAACAUUUUUCUUCCUUGUCUAAAAUUUUCCAGUUAAUUUUUUUUUGCAUUGGCACUAUAUGUACUAUUUAUUUUGUUUUUUCAUUAUUACUAUUAUUUAAGGUCUAUUUCUGAAAUUUGUAACGAUACCUUCCUUGCACUCAUUGCUCUGCCACUAAUUUUUUUUAACAGUUAUUCACAGAGUGUAAAUAAUUUGGUGAAAAAAAUUUGCAUGAGUGCAAAUAUUUGUGCGAAAUUUUUAAACCUAUUCCAUUGCAUUUCACUUAGUUAAUAUAUGUUGAGAAUGUGAGUGACAAAACCACAAUUGCAAGAGAGGUGGGGUUGUAAAAUUUACAGAAUUAGCCAAGUAAUAAUAAUAAAGUUGAGAAAAUGAAAAGAAAGAAAAAGAAAGAACGAACAUGACGUGUGGGACGGAGCUGUAAAGGUUGGGUUUGCCUCUCAGCUUGAAGAACUUCAGUGUGAUAGCCAUUUAGAAACUGUUAAAGAUUUAAAAAGAAAGGUGUCCAGUAACAGUAGGCAUUUAAGAACGUCCACACUUUCCUGGUGUAAAUUUCAACAGCGAAAUUAUCUGAAGUGGGUGUUUUUACAAAAAAAUUAAUAAUGGCAGCAAAGAAAAUCCAUCUGUAAAAUGACAGGUCAUGGUUCUCGGAGAGUCACUUCAGACGAGAAGGCUACACGUCUGUUCAGUGCCUUGGGCGGUGAUGAUGUCUGUGCCACUCUCGAAGAUGCUGUUUGUCUGGACUCAGCCAGGGGGUUGCCCCAAACCUUUCACACACCUGUGUCGACGUAUUGAAAUUACAGUAGGUUUGUUUCUUCGUUUGCGUCACUCGAGAGACCCCUGAUACGGAACAUUUUUUUUUUUCGGAGCAAGCAAAGGAUGGCCCGCGCUCGGUGGAAAGACUUUUGCGGAGUGGCUGGGACCUAGGUAACUACUGCACGAGCUACAUGUUCAUCGUAGGGACCACUAUCGUAACUGUACAUAAUCUCCCUUCCCCGCGACUUCGUUGUUCGUCCUCGGUUUUAAAUCCAUUGAUUAGCAAAUCGUACGCUUAACAGUGACGGUGCACAGAUGUUGAUUACAGUUUAUCAGUAGUUAUACAUUUUUCUAGCGGUUAUUCAAUCACAAGUGUUAUUUCCAAAGUUCACCGAUACAUACUUCACGUACUUUCCUCAGAAUACUUUACUGAUUUCUGAUUACUUGAGUUCUAGCUUGUCAUGUUCAAGUAAGAUAAAUUAACCAUAAUUAUAUCAAAAUUUAAUAAAUCAAAAUGUAUCCCAUUCCUUAAUUCAAUAACAAAAGUAAACAUAAAAUAAUAAAGAACCAUGGUUUUCAUCCAUAUUCACUGUCUCACGCAGAGCAACUAGGAGCAACUAUAUGUAUUACCAUUGCUUGAAUGUUAAUUUAUUGGUAAAUAUAGUUCAUAGUGUUUUUCUUUAUCGCAUCUGUGCACUGUUACGCAUCUAGCACAUCCCACACUGUGCCCUUUGUUAUGCCAUUAUCAUUUUUACAUUGUGUAAUUUUAGUUGUUUGUUCCUGUGUUAGUGUUUCCAUUCAUUGCUGUGAUUAAAAAGAAAAAAAAAAUAUUGAUGAAAAUGUGAAUGAACAUGUAUUCGUUCUUAGUGUCAAUUCCAAUUGUUGAAAUGUUGAUCAUUCAAAGAAAUUAUAAUCAUGAAUCCACCAAUUCAUCAACUGUUCUGUUUGAGAUAUAUUGUAUGCUCUACUAUUUAAAAAUAUUAUGUAUGUGCAUAUACACGUGUAUAUAAGAUGAAAAAGUAAAAUUUAAUGUCGCUUACUUAAAAAGACACUACUAAAUAUGGAGUACUUAUGUUAAAAUGUGUACUUUAAAUAAAAUUGUUGUCAGAAUAUUA